UGUCAGCGGUCCUCCUUCAUAGCAUGUCCGCUAGGCUUCAUCCGCCUGUCUGGCCCUCUCUUCCUAUAUUAUAAUAUUAUUAUAUAUUUUGUGGACACUUAUGGUACCUUGCGCCGGAAAGUAUAGCCUUAUCAUUUUUUGAUUUUCGGGUGCCAACCGAAAUUAAAAUUAAAAUGGUGGAAGCACUUAAAUCAACCCAGAACAAUAAUGAUACAAUUAAAAAAAUUGUUUUGAGUAAAGAGGGUAUAAAAACAUUUAUAAAAAAAGAAUUAUAUGAAUUUGUAUCACCAGAAACAGUCAACUUUUUUUCAAGAUUUAAAAUUUCAGCUGACUUCAUAGAUUUCCACCCGGAUAAUUGGAAAGAAAGAGAAGACUAUAAAAAAGGAAUUAAUAUUUUAACAGAGUUAUCAGUCAUAAAUGAUGUUGCAGAAAGAGGCGUUAAGUUAAUUCAAGAAUACAAUAGUAUACUGACGAAAGAUGAAAAUCAAAAACAAUUUCUAUUACAAGUUGUAAAUGAUUAUAGAACAAAUUACCCUGACUGUAAAAAAAAUACAUUAAUUCGUUCGUAAUUAAUAAAUAUUUUAUUUGAAUGUAACGUAUAUAAUUUUCACAUUGUAUUACUCCAUUGAACCACUUUCUAUUUAUUUUUAAUGACACCAAUAUUUAUGUACUUGUGUAAAUAAACGUUUUUUUUUUUUUUAAGAUUAACUUUUCCACAGAAAUUAAUAGAUUUACGAGAAAUUUUGUCGGAACAUUUUUAUAGAGAGUACCUGAAUUAUUUAGGUCCUAUACAAUUUUAUGCUAAAUGCAAUAUAUAAUGAAUUAAAUCAGAAUAACCCUAAAACUACCCUAUUUGAUGAAUAUUCAUCCCUCUUGCGGCACCUGAAGGGGAUUAUUAAUCAUCCCCAAAUCUUACCCACAUAACUUUUGUAUGGUUAUGAAAAAAUUGGGAGUGUGAGAAAUCAAAAAUAUUUAACUUUCCUUACCCUCCUACUAUAUAAGGGCCACCUAUGUAAUGUACAUACGAUAUAGCCAUAUUAUAGGUCAGUAGUUUUCAAACUGGGUCAAAUACAUUCAUCAAAAUAAUACAUAUUAUCAUAAUAUUCACAUAACACACCAUUAUAUAGCAUUAAAUAGGAAGCAAUAGUAUCAAAUAGGUAUGACCAUUGAGAUGUUAAUUGUUCUAUGGUAUGGGUGGGAAGUCUCAUAGGUUAUUUAAACAAAAUUAUUACUAAUGUAUAUGUUCAUAAGUACAGUAAAACUUCUUUAAGACGGAAACCCCGGUACCACGGGCAAUUUUUUUGGUCCCGAUUUAAAUAUAUAAUGAAUGUGAACCCCGUAAAGUCAGAAACUAUGUUGAGACGAAAAAAUUAAACGGUCCCAAGCAAAUCCGUCUUAGAGAGGUUUUACUGUGUAAAACAUGUUAUAUACAUGUUAUAAUGUUCUUAGACCAAAAAAUAUAAAUUACAUUUUAUAAUCAACUUUGAUUUUUUUAAUACAUAAUAUUAUGAGUAUAUACAAUGUUUUAUUAUGUAAUUAGUUACGAUAAUUUAUAAUAAAAAAAAAAAAUAUAUUAGUCAUUGCAUAAAUUAAUUAAUGUAUUAUACAUUUUUUACACGGAUGGU